GCAGCGGUCGCUGGCCGAGCGAGAGUUCGCUGCGCUCGUCGGAGGUGCGGACGUCGUACCGUACAUCGCCUCCGCCUCCCUGCCAACGACGAAUCGACGGGACGUGACCCCGGACACCACCCUCGCGGCGCGCGGCGAAGACAUGUAGUGCGAGUGGCAGUGUUCGAAGCAGCUCCUCCGCCCUCAGUCGCGACUCCCGGCAAUCCUGCAGCGCGCGAGCGCCCCGUGCGAGGCCAGCCAGCCAGCGAGCGUGUGUGAGUGCCGUGCCGUGCCCGGUCGCAGCAAGCAGGAGCGCCCCGAGCGCCCGCCACCCCGAUACGCGACCGCGGCGGCCGUCCAGGCGCGUCCGAGCCUGCUGCAGCGGUGCGCGGCGGCGCACGCCAUGGCCCCAGCCGCGGUGCGGCGGCCUGCGGGCGCGACGGCGGCGUAAACAUGGCGCGUGUAUAGCGCAGCGCGCGGCAGGAAGGCUAUACGCCGUGCGACGCACGACCACUGCGAGUGCAAUUCGCGUGCGCGUGUGCGUGCCAGUAGUGUAUAAACAGCCGAGUGGCCCGAGAAUGACGCCCUCCGUGCGUGUCCUGCUGAUGUCGAUGUAAACAAACGCACCGCGAGCGCAACCAGCAACGGCGUUAAGAUGGCCGACCUGGAGGCGGUGCUGGCGGACGUCAGCUACUUGAUGGCGAUGGAGAAGAGUAAGUGCACGCCGGCGGCGCGCGCCAGCAAGAAAAUAGUGCUUCCCGACCCCAGCGUUCGAUCCGUGAUGCACAAAUACCUCGAGAAGAAGAACGAAGUCAAUUUCGACAAGAUUUUCCACCAGACACUGGGCUUCCUGCUGUUCAAGGACUUCUGCGAGAGCAGCGUCUCCGAGGUUCCGGUGCCGCAGCUGCGCUUCUAUGAAGAGAUCAAGCAGUACGAGAAGCUGGAGUGCUCCGAGGAGCGCAUGAAGCAGGCGCGCGAUAUCUACGACAACUUCAUCAUGAAGGAGCUGCUCUCGCAUUCGCACGACUAUUCCAAGGAGUGCCUGCAGCACGUUCAAAAGCAUCUCAUGAAGAACGACGUGCCGGUUCAGCUGUUUGAGCCGUACAUCGAGGAGAUCUACAACCAGCUGCGCGAUGAGCCCUUCAAGAAGUUCAUCGAGAGCGACAAGUACACGCGCUUCUGCCAGUGGAAGAACCUGGAGCUGAAUAUCCAGCUGACGAUGAACGAUUUCAGUGUGCAUCGCAUCAUCGGCCGCGGCGGGUUCGGCGAAGUGUACGGCUGUCGUAAGGCCGACACCGGUAAGAUGUACGCCAUGAAAUGCCUGGAUAAGAAGCGUAUUAAGAUGAAGCAGGGUGAGACACUUGCGCUCAAUGAGCGCAUCAUGCUGUCGCUGGUGAGCACCGGCAUCGACUGCCCGUUCAUCGUCUGCAUGACCUACGCCUUCCAGCCCGACAAGCUCUGCUUCAUUCUCGACCUGAUGAACGGCGGCGAUCUGCACUAUCAUCUCAGCCAACAUGGCGUCUUCAACGAGAGCGAGAUGAAGUUCUACGCCGCUGAGGUCAUCCUCGGCCUGGAGCACAUGCAUCGGCGUUAUAUUGUCUACCGCGACCUUAAACCCGCGAAUAUUUUAUUGGACGAGCACGGACAUGUACGUAUCUCCGAUCUGGGUCUUGCCUGCGAUUUCUCCAAGAAGAAACCGCACGCCAGCGUCGGUACGCACGGAUACAUGGCGCCGGAAGUGCUGUCAAAAGGCACGCCGUAUGACAGCAGUGCCGAUUGGUUCAGUUUCGGCUGUAUGCUGUACAAGCUGCUGAAGGGACACUCGCCUUUCCGUCAGCAUAAGACAAAGGAUAAACACGAGAUUGAUCGUAUGACGCUCACGAUGAAUGUUGAGCUGCCGGACGCGUUCAGCAAGGAGCUGAAGUCACUGCUCGAGGGUUUGUUGCAACGCGACGUUGACAAACGCUUGGGUUGUCGCGGUGCUGGCGCUGACGAAGUGAAAGAACACGCGUUCUUCGCUGGUAUUGAUUGGCAGCAGGUGUAUCUGCAGAAGUACACACCGCCGCUGAUCCCGCCGCGCGGUGAAGUCAACGCCGCCGACGCCUUCGAUAUUGGCAGCUUCGACGAGGAAGACAAGGGCAUUAAGCUCACCGACACCGAUCAGGAGCUCUACAAGAACUCGCUGGUGAUCAGCGAGCGGUGGCAGAACGAGGUGGCCGAGACGGUCUUCGAGACGAUCAACUUCGAGGCGGACAAAGUCGAGCACAAGAAGAAGGCCAAGCACAAGUACAAAUUCGGCAAUCUGGACGAGAAGGAGUCCGAUUGCAUCCUGCACGGGUACAUAAAGAAGCUGGGCGGGCCGUGGACGUCCUCGUGGCAGAUGCGCUACGCCAAGCUCUACCCCAACCGACUCGAACUGCAUCCGGACAGCGCGAAACCCGAAAUGGUGUUCAUGGACCAGAUCGAGGAGGUCUCCUCCGAGCUGACGCAGGUGAAGAACGAGAAGUGCAUCGUGGUGCGCAUGCGCGACGGCAAGAUCGUGCUCACGAAUCCGGACGAAAUCGGCCUAAAGGAAUGGCUCACCUCCCUCAAGUCGGCGCACAAGCAGAGCCAGGAGCUGCUCGGCUCCAUGGCGAAGAAGGCGGGCAAGAUCUACGGCACCACCGACGCCACGCCCGUCAGCGUCAACAACAAGAACGUCUUCGGCAAUACCAACGGCAACUGAUUGCAGAUCAUCAUCCGCGCGACCGAAUCAAACGUAAACCAGUAAAAUGUACAGUAAUUUAUAAACACAACAAGCAACAUGAUGUAAGUAGCGUUAUGGUAAGUAAGCGACGUAAACACAACCAACCGUAGCCCAGCAGCAAGUGGAUAUUCUUUCUCUAGUUUUACGACUUCUUCAGUUCGAUAAACAUACAUGACAGUAUUAUUUAACACGCGGCGCGUGCGCCCGCCCGCCCGCCAUCUUCCCACCACCCUCUAGGAUACAGCGUGCCAACAUAUUUUGAUUAAUGACAAUCCGAGACGUGUCGAGCGAGAAGCCUAAGCAACAAAAUGCACACACACACACAAAGCUAAACAAACAAACAAACAAACAAACGGCAUUUAAUUAAUGAACAUGAAUUAAGUUAAUCGAUUGAUUGUGUAAAAAGUAUUCGUAGCCAUGUAACACAUGUCUGUCUCUCUUUCUCUUAACGAUCCCUAUGACCUUAUUCUUUGUAUUUAACUUAAUUUUAUCGAUAAGGUAGGAAGCAAAUGAAACAAGUAAAGUGUCUGUAUAUAUAUAUUACGUGUAUAGCAACAAUGUGGUCAAUUUUGGUGCUUACCAUAUUGAAAUGCAAGGCAACACAUGGACAUGAAUGGUAAUAAAGUGAUUUAUAGAUUA